AUGACGGUGCGGCCCUCGCCGAGGAUGAAAGGCAGGGUACAAACUGAUGACAUUGGACUUGGGUCGCUGCUUGGAGGCAUGCCACCAGAGCGUGGCGCCGGAGAAGUCGUCGGUGACCCCCUCGUGGUCGUCGAUGGAGACCUGGAUGUUCUUGCUGUCCUUGCCGAGCUCGGCUUUGAGCCUGCGCGCGCGACGGGCACAUGCGUCGCUCAGGUAGGCCUCGACGGCAAGGAAGAGCUCGCUUCGCUUCCAGCGCUGGGCGCCGUUCUCCGAGAUGGUGAUGUUGAGCCUAAGCACGCAUCGCCGCUGCGGUCGCCAUCGGAGCAGGUCAGGAGGAGUUAUCGCCUUAUCGGAGCUGAGAAGAAGCAGGCGAGCAUCGACAUCGAUCGACCAGUCCACGGAAGUGGAAUUGCUUAA